GUCUAAUUGUUACACAAUUGAUUAUAUUUGUCAAUGGAAUUUGUUUACAAAUCGUAAAAGGGGAAAGAUCAUCAAUGGAUCAAUAAUAUUGUUUUUCUCUAUCAUUUUGGUUUCUCUUUCUCCACCUUCAUCCAAGCAUUCCAAUGGGAUGUGAUCUCCAUGGUAACGGAUGAGGAUGGAGAAAGAAGUUGAUGAAAGGAAGAAGAUGAUGAGAGAGAGAGAAAAUAAUUCCAAGAAGAGCAAACGCCGAACUCAGAGAAUCAGAGAAGCUGAAGAAUAAAUUUUUCUCUUUUUCUCGAUAAUAAUAAUAAUAUGAUUAACAUUUUCUUUCGAAUUUAAUUUGAUUUAAUUUUGUUGUUCGAUUUUUCAUCUUGUUAAGUUGUGAUUACAUUUGAUUUCUAAUUAAUAUUGGAAUCAUUUAAUUCCUAUUCGUUGAUCAAGUUAAUUGAUUUCUCGUUUGUUCCCAGUGAUUAAAAACUCCCUUCGUUAAUUGGAUCGAUAUUAUUGUUCCCAGUUCAAUAUUUUCCUCGUUGAUUUUGUUGUUUCACUUUUUUUGAUUUCUUUAAUUGUGAUUAUAUGAGUUGCAUGUUGAUUUAAUCGUUAGUGGCCUGAUGAUUGUGAUUAAGACUCUAAUCAAAUGGUUAAUUGUUUGAACAAAAAAUCAUGGAAUUGAAUCAACCUCUUAAUUUUUAUGAUCACUUUCACUUGGACGGUCACUUGGAACCCUUUCAACAAUUAAUUGUUUACCCAGAUUAUUGUGAUUAAUAUAAUGAUUAAUUGAUUGUGAAACUGUUCAAGUAUCAUCAGAAUCAACAGGAAACUAAUUUACAAUUAAGUUAAUCACCAAGGGUUUUAAUUUAUUUGUCGUUGUGACAAUAUGAAUUAUUGGCUAACCUGUUAAUUGUUAUUGAUUUUCAUCAGCAAUUUAUUGAUUCAUUAUCAAUCUAGUUGAGACUUUGAUUGAUAUUAAACUGUUCAAAUAUUAUAACAUUAUAAUCAACUUGUUGUUUAUUCAAUAAUCGUUAAUUGUUCAUUAGAACCAUCAUGAAGUCUACCUGGUUAAUUAAGAUUUUAAAUUUUCUACUAAUUACAAUUAACGUAAAUUUUGUACUUGCAUUACCUGAAAUCCUGAGAAUAGGUGGUCUAUUCGAAACCGGAGAUGAUCCAAUGGAAAUGGCCUUUCGAAGUGCAGUUGAACGAAUCAAUAGCGACGGUAAAAUGAUUCCAAGAUCUCGAUUACUCGCUCAAGUGGAAAAGGUGGAGAAAAGUGAUAGUUUCUCAGUAUCGAAAAAAGCUUGUGGUCUAUUUGAACAAGGAAUAGCGGCGAUUUUUGGUCCACAAUCAAUCGAGACCUCGACUCAUAUUCAGUCAACUUGUGAUGUUCUUCACAUUCCUCAUAUGGAGACUCGAUUAGAUUUCAGGUCAAUAGCGGCAAAUCAUUCGCUCAAUCUUUAUCCACACCCGAAGGUGUUCGGAGAAGCGAUAAGAGAUCUGAUUCGCAUGAAGAAUUGGAAAAAUUUCGCUAUUUUGUAUCAAGAAAACGAAGCCUUAUUAAGAUUGGAAGAGAUUCUGAAAGAUGAAGUUCUUCGGGAAAAGAAAAUGGUUGUUCGCCAAUUCGAGACUGAUGAAUAUCGAACUAUUUUCAAAGAGGUCAACAAAUUGAACAUUAAGAACUUAAUUGUUGACGUUCCAAGGGAAAACAUCCACAAUGUACUUCGUCAUGCUCAACAAGUUGACAUGUUAUCCGAGUAUCAUGAUUAUAUAUUCACAACCCUUGACCUUCAAACUGUUGACCUUGAAGAUUUCCAAUAUGCUGGGACAAACAUUUCAUCAUUUUGUCUUAUUGAAAGAUCAUCGAAUGACUUUAAGGAAAUCAUUCGAGAAUGGCAAUCAUCAGUUCCAGUGACCAGGUCAAGUUGGAUUGAAGAAGAUCCAUUCAGUUCAAAGGCAUCACUUUUACAAAACUUUACGACUGAAGUUGCUCUAAUGUACGACUCAGUUAAAUUGUUGGCCAAAGCUCUUCAUGAUUUAGAUCGGAGUAAAACAAUCACCAUGAAUCCAUUAUCAUGUGAAAGUGAAGAUCCCUGGCAAUAUGGAAUCACUUUAACAAAUUAUAUGAGAAUGAUAACAGUUCGAGGUCUAACUGGAGAUAUUAAGUUUGAUCGAAAUGGAUUACGAACCGAUGUCCGACUCAAAUUGAUCGAAUUGACCAACGAAGGACUAAAAGAGGUCGGUGAAUGGACUGCAGAGAAACGAGUCCAGUUCAUCGGUAAUUACAGUAAAACAAUGGAGGAAAUUUUUAAGGCCACUUUGAAAAAUAAGACUUUAGUAGUUACUACAUUUCCAGGCCGACCUUAUACAAUGUUCGUUGAAGACUACGAGAAGAAAGGAUUAACUGGAAAUGAUCGAUUCGAAGGUUAUUGUAUCGAUUUAAUGAACGAAAUCGCCAAACGAUUACAAUUUAAAUACGUUAUUCGUUUGGUUGAAGAUCGAGCUUAUGGUCGUCGAAAUGAGAAAGGAGAAUGGAAUGGAAUGAUUCGAGAAUUGAUCGACGGUAAAGCUGAUAUCGCUGUUGCUGAUUUAACGAUAACUUAUGAACGUGAAUCUGCUGUUGACUUUACGAUGCCCUUUAUGAACCUUGGAAUUGGAAUUCUUUUCCGUAAACCCAAGAAAGAACCACCCCGAUUGUUCAGUUUCAUGUCACCUUUGGCCAUAGAAGUUUGGAUUUACCUUUUAACCGCUUUCCUUGGUGUUACUCUGUUUCUCUUUGUAAUUGCACGUUUCUCACCCUACGAGUGGAUUAAUCCUCAUCCCUGUAUAAAAACACCGGAAGAUCUGGAAAACAAUUUUACAAUGAAAAAUACCCUUUGGUUUACAAUUGGUUGCCUGAUGCAACAAGGCUGUGAUAUUAUGCCUCGGGCACUAUCAACAAGAGUCCUUGCCGCUUCUUGGUGGUUUUUCAUCCUUAUCCUGGUCUCUUCGUAUACCGCUAAUUUAGCUGCCUUUUUGACAGUUGAAAGGAUGGUCAAUCCAAUUGAGAGCGUUGAAGAUUUGGCUAAACAAACAAAAAUCCACUACGGAUGCCUUAUGUUUGGAUCGACACAAGCGUUUUUCAAAAAUUCAAAUUUCUCAACAUACGCUCGAAUGUGGUCUUUUAUGGAGUCAACACGACCCAGUGUGUUCGUUGAGAGUAACGAUAAGGGCACCGAACGGGUUAAAAAGGGCGAUUAUGCUUAUCUUAUGGAGUCAACUUCCAUUGAAUAUAUUGUUGAACGAGAAUGUGACCUUUAUCAGGUUGGUGGUUUAUUGGAUUCUAAGGGCUAUGGUAUUGCCACUCCACCUGAUUCACCUUAUCGAGGUAUCAUUUCGGACACCAUUUUGGCCCUUCAAGAGAAGGGUAUUCUUCAAGCGAUCAAGGAGAAAUGGUGGAGCCAGAAAAAGUGUGGACCCAAAGAUGGCGCUCAAAAGGCCGCAGGAGCGGCAAGUGAACUUGGACUGGCAAAUGUUGGCGGGGUUUUCGUUGUACUUGCAGCGGGUUCGGUUUGUGCGGUGGUCAUAUGUGUUUUCGAGUUUGUUUGGAAAAUGAAACAAAUACCUCGAGGGGAACGAGAUCAUAUUUUUGUUGAACUGAUGCGCGAAUUGAAACACGUUAUCUGCUGCUAUGGAAGCACCAGGCCAGUUCGACGAACGGGAAUGGACGAUAUGGGAAGUCAAGUUAUCAUGCAAACUCCCGGAAAUGGUAUACCAGGGAUGCCGAUGCCCGGAUAUGGUUUUCCACAUCCGAUUCAUGCUCAUACUGAUUUUAUUCCUGCUUUUGGAAUGGGCAAAGAAGAUUAUUCUUGACCAAUCAAGUGGUCAAUCUUAAAUUGCAAACAGUAAAUCAUCAAAUCCAAUUAAUUAACCUUAUCAACUGUUCAUCUCUUUCUCAGAGGAACAUUUAAUUUACCCUUUCAUGGCUCAAUUGCUACUUUAAUAAGUUAAUCAAUUGAUUAACACAAUUAGCAGAAUUCAUAUUUCGAAUCGUUAAUUUUAAAUCAUUUCUUAAUCAACUUUCAGCUUAAUCAUAUGCAUUAUUAUCAUUAUUAUUAUUAUCAUUAUGAUUAAUUGAUUAUCAUCACUUGAAAAAUGCAUGUUUUAAUCAUACACAAUUAUUUAAAUCAGUUGAUUAAUUCAAUUUAACUUGUUGAUUUGUUUCUUAUUGGAAUUGAAAUUUUCAAAAAUUUGAAACCAACGAAAAGUUAAUUUGAUUAUAACAAUUAAAAUUAAUGGUGCCCCAAAUUGUUUAAAUAUUGUACAGAUGUAAACACAUAAUAUAUACACAGAAAGACAGACAAUUAAUUGACAAUUUAAAGUUAAUUCAGUUACAAUUGAAAUAAUUUCAAUUUGUUAAAAGUUUUUCUGUUUUCCCUUUCCUCUUGUUAAUCAUGUUAAUCACUUAUAUAAUACAAUUAAUAAUCAAUUAUCAUUAAUCGAUUGGAAAGUUAUUACUUUAAUUUACAAAAUGAUGUGAAUAAUUAAUUGAUCACAAUCAAUUGAUUGUUCACCUAAUCAGCUCAGUGGUAACUUUUUUAAUCAUCGGUGACUUGAGUGCCAAAUGAAACAAAAAUUUGAUUAGUUUGAUAUACAAACUGGCUCAUUGGCUCAACAGUUUGAUGAUCAACUAUCAUCAAUUAAUAAAUACACAAUUAACUGAUUGUUUAUAACUUAAACUUUAAUUUGAACAACAAUUUAAACCCAACAAAAUCUAUUGGAAUCAACAAUUAACCCUAACCCUGUACAGUGAUCAAAAUCAUAAUCAACUUGAAAACUUAUUCAAUCAACUACAUUAUAUGUAUAAACUUAAACAUAGAUUACAACAAUUAACUAAUUACCUUUUCAUAUGUAUAAAUACACUUAUAAAUAACUCUUUAAUUGCUGGUUAAAAGAAGACAAUUGUUAAUUGUUGAUAAAAUCGUUAUUUGUACCAAAUAAUUAACAAGAAAAAAAAAUCCUUUUGAAAAAAAUGAAGAUUUGAUUGAGAGAUUUGAUUGCUUGAAAUGAUUGGAAAAUUAAGAGAAAAUUAAAUGUUAAUCUGUUGGUUAAUUAAUUGGAUUCUUGUUUUGUUAAUCAUCUCAAUCAAUUUACUCUUGUUGACCGUUAUUACCUCAAAAAUGACCUGACCCGAAGAUCAGUUUAAACUUAGAGGUUGGAAAAGGUCAUUUCUGUAACUGAGAUCAAAAAAAAAUUCCAUGUUUAAUUCAGUUGAUCAAUUAAUUGUUUUUCUUGUCUUGAUUUUCACAUUUAAUUAAUUUCCUCACAAUAAUUAACAAUCAAUUGGAUUUUUAUCUCAUCCCUUUCGCCAAUUAAAAUGUAACCAUUAUAAUCAAAUCUGUAUUAGAAUUAACAAUCAACUGUAAUUGUUUAACAAAUUUAAACUUUCUAUUAACACACAAUAUCAAUUUUCACUUUAAUUUAAACAA